UUUAAUUCCAACUAAAUUGAAUGGCCAGUUUGAAGUCAACAUUGUUGAUCACGCUACUCUUUCUCCUCCUCCAAUUCUCCGAGAUCAGAGGCCAUGGCGGCGCUGACCACGACGAGGAGGAGGAAUCGGAGAAGGGGAAUCUGCACGGAAAAGGGCUGAUCCUGGUGAAGGUAUGGUGCCUCAUAAUCAUGUUCGUGAGCACCUUCGCCGGCGGCGUGUCGCCGUAUUUCUACCGAUGGAACGAGAGCUUUCUUCUGCUGGGGACUCAGUUCGCCGGCGGCGUGUUCCUGGGAACUGCCCUGAUGCAUUUCUUGAGCGACUCCACCUCCACUUUUGUGGAGCUUACGACCAAGGAGUAUCCGUUUUCGUUCAUGCUGGCCUCGGCUGGCUAUCUUGUCACUAUGCUGGCUGACUGUGCCAUCUCGCACCUCGUCAACAGCAGCCCCAAGGAGACUCAAGUCGACGUCGAAGCCAAGGAGGAAGGGGAGCUUCACCUUCACCCGGUUUUGGUCAAGACUAGUUCUGUUGGUGAUACUCUUCUUCUCAUACUUGCAUUGUGUUUUCACUCUAUUUUUGAGGGCAUUGCUGUUGGUGUUGCAGAUACGAAAGCAGACGCAUGGAGAAAUCUGUGGACGAUUUCACUCCACAAGAUCUUUGCUGCAGUUGCAAUGGGGAUUGCACUACUGAGGAUGAUCCCAAAGAGGCCAUUCCUAGCAACUGUGGCAUACUCCUUUGCCUUCGCCAUCUCAAGCCCCGUGGGGGUUGGAAUAGGCAUCGCCCUUGAUGCCACCAGCCAAGGCCGCGGUGCUGACUGGACCUACGCCAUCUCAAUGGGUAUCGCCUGUGGAGUUUUCGUUUAUGUAGCCAUCAACCACUUGAUAGCCAAGGGCUUCAAACCUCAGAAUAAGUGCUACUUUGAUACUCCCUUCUUCAAGUUUUUUGCUGUGCUACUUGGAGUCGCUGUAAUAUCAGUUGUAAUGAUAUGGGACUAGUCGUUUCUUCAUGUGUAUUCAAAUCUCUGUAUUUCUUUUUAAUUGUCAAUAUAUAAUGUCUCAAGAUAGUUACUCCAAAAAUGUGUAAUAUGACUGGAUAGCGAGGAGAACAUGUUUGUAUAUAGCUUCACUUGUUACA